AUGCGGAAUGUGCCGAAAUCACUCGGUCUCUCGGUCACAACACCAGGCGGCAGUUCUGGGGCCCCGGACAGCGGUCGCCACAACAGCUUGGAGGAUAUCAAUCUGGACCAGUUCCUGAAGACGUCCAACUACGAGGACACAGUGAAGCAGUUGGACAUCUACUAUGGCAUCGUCAAGCGACAGUUGUUGCGCUACCAGAGCCCCAUAACUGGAUUGUUCCCGGUGAUGAGCACCGACCAGGUAGUAGGAUCGGUGCGAGACAGUGUCUACUGUGCUUCCGCAGUGUGGAGCUUGUACCAGGCCUACAGACGCAUCGACGACGACCGCGGCAAGUCCUAUGAGCUGGGUCAGAGCACGGUGAAGUGUAUGCGCGGCAUCCUUGAGUGCUGGGUGAAGCAGGCGUCGCGCGUGGAGCUCUUCAAACAGCGCCAGUCCAACCAGCACGCCCUCCACAGCAAGUUCCAGUUGCACACCGGGGAGAAGAUCUAUCCGGAUGAGUUUUACAACCAUUUGCAGAUCGACUGCGUAUCUCUCUAUCUGUUGUUCCUUGUCCAGAUGAUAACCUCUGGCCUGCAGAUUAUCUACACCCACGACGAGGUGGCCUUUGUCCAGAAUCUGGUCUACUACGUGGAGCGUGCGUAUCGAACGCCCGACUUUGGUAUGUGGGAGCGUGGAUCCAAGUACAACAAUGGCACCCCCGAGAUCCACGCCUCCUCCAUUGGCAUGGCCAAGUCCGCCUUGGAGGCCAUCAACGGCUGCAACUUGUUCGGCGAGAAGGGAGCCUCGUGGAGCGUUGUUUAUGUAGAUAUUGAUGCCCACAACCGCAAUCGUAGUAUUUUCGAAACCAUGCUGCCCAGAGAAUCGAGCUCAAAGGGCGUAGAUGCCUCACUGCUGCUUACGCUCUCCUUUCCGGCGUUUGCCUCGCACGAGGAUCGGUUGGUGGAGCAGACCAAACAAAACGUUGUGAAUCGUUUGCGUAGCAAAAUGGGCUUCAAACGCUUCACCCGCGACGGUUUCCUUAGCAAAAAUGAGGACAAAACCCGUCGCUACUAUCACUCUGGGGAGCUAAAGGAAUUCGAGGGCCUAGAAUGCGAAUGGCCGCUCUUCUUCAUAGCCAUGAUCAUCGAUGGCGUCUUCAAGAACAACAACGAACAGAUCGAGGAGUUUCAGAACGAUCUUCGCCGCUGUUUACGCACUGAUGCCAAUGGAGACCCGGUGGUGACCAUGUACUAUGCACCAGACGGCGAAGGUUCCUACAUGCGCGCCCCUUCGCAAUCGCUGUUCCUCUGGGGGCAAUCUUUCUUCAUCAUUGCCCAGCUGCUUACCGCCGGGCUGCUGCACAUCAACGAAUUGGAUCCGAUUCGUCGUUACCUGCCAAGUUAUAAUCGUCCCAGGAGGGCGGGUCGCUAUUCGGCUUUCCAGGCUAAACCGGGCACUGGCACUGCCACAGAUCUUGUGGUACAGAUCGUUCUGAUUGCCGAGUCUAUGCGACUGCAGGCUAUGAUGGCCACUUAUGGCAUUCAAACCCAGACACCACAUGAGGUGGAGCCUGUGCAAAUCUGGAGCUCCACGGAGCUCAUUAAAGUCUAUCAACAUUUGGGAGUCAAUAACAAGGUUGGCCUCUCCGGUCGUCCUUCGAGACCUGUGGGAUCGCUGGGCACCAGCAAGGUGUAUCGCAUCUGCGGCAUGACCGUCCUUUGCUACCCACUUAUCUUUGAGGUCUCAGACUUUUACCUCUACCGGGACAUGGCUUUACUGAUCGAUGAUAUCAAGACGGAGCUGCAGUUCGUAGGCAAGUACUGGCGCUUGUCGGGCAGGCCCACAGUAUGUCUGCUCAUCCGGGAGGAGCACAUGCGGGAUCCGCAGUUCAAGGAGAUGCUCGACCUCUUGGCCAUGCUUAAGAAGGGCUACUGUGAUGGCAUGAAGGUGCGCAUCGGUCGCCUGCAGAAUCUGAUUAGCAGCUCCUGCAUUGAGCAUCUGGAUUUCAUGAACCAGAGCGAUCUGACCGACAACGAGAACGCAUUCUCGCAGAUAAAUCAUGAGUAUAUCGGAUACCAAUCACUGACGGAUGUGCCCAAAGCAUUGACCUAUGUAGAGGAGAAAGUUUCUGUGGCGCACUUCGAUAAACAACCCACGCCGGAUAUCAUAACUGCUUUGCGGAACACCGAUUCCAUCUACUGCCUGUGCCAGCUGUGGGGCAUUCUCCUCAAUCGAGAAGGUCCCCAUUUCGAGGUGAAUGGGCUGAAUGUAAACACGGCUUUGACGCAACUCUACCAUCGUGCUGGCUCCCUGCGCUACUGGCGUGCCGUCCGGUACUGCUCCUCGCUCCUCCAUCACAUUGUGGACUCAAUCAGUCCAUUUAUUACCACGGUGCUGGUAAAUGGCAAGGAACUCACCGUGGGCAUCAUUGGUCAGAAGGAGACGGUCUUUGACAAGCCCAUGACGCCAGCUGAGAUCCAGAACGUGAUGUACACGAGUGUGCAGCCCUACGAUGUUAUCCAGGCAGUACUACAGCAGGAAGUGGUUCUAUAUUGUGGUCGCUUAAUAGCCACCAAUCCAUCCAUGUUCCGCGGCAUACUGAAAAUUCGCAUUGGCUGGGUCCUGGAGGCCAUGAGGAUCUAUCUGCAGAUUUCAGGACAGCAAAGCAUCGACGUGGAUAAUCUCUCGCCCUUCCAGGUCCGCAUUCUUCUGCAGAAAGUUCUUACCGUCAGCGAGUGGGCGACAGAAGAGAAACUUACCACCCUGCAACGCCGCCAACUGGAGGGCUGCCUGUGUCGUGUGCCUAAACACUUCUAUAACAAGAUCUGGGAGAUCCUCCAGCGUACUCCUCAGGGCAUUUUGACCCAGGGCCAUCACCUGCCUGCUACGCCCACAUUGACCAAUAUGAGCCGUGGCGAGUUGACCUUUAACCUGCUCGUCGAGGAGACGCUGAUUUGCAUUGACCGUCCGGAAAGGCGUCAGAUAACCGUGGAGCUGCUCUGUAUAGUGGCCACCAUUCUAAAUCGCAAUCCUGAGCUGCACUUCAAGCAAGCCCUUGACUUGGACGGCAUUUUGGCAGAGGCCUUUGCCAUGUACUGCAAGGAUAACAAUAUACAGCCACCUCAGCCCCAGCCGCAGCAGACCAAGAAUGAGGAUCUCAAGGCAUUCUACUCACUGCCCUAUUCCGAGACCACUGGGUAUUUGGCACGCGCCGCCGUCAACAAGGUUCUGCAGGGCGGCAUUUUCUCCACCUCCGAGGAGGAUGUCCAGCUCGACGGCGAUCAUUUGCACGACGACAACUGCAAGGUGUCCUAAGCACAAGAGGGUGGUACGCGACAUUAGCUUAUGUAUAUAGCACAGUUUGGCAUAUCUUCGUGACACUGACCCCACCAAAACCACUAGCUCGAAUUUUGUGGCUAUUUUAUUCUGUUAUUCUUAUUUAAUUCGUCUCUCUCUCUGUGUCCUUCGCUCGCUUAGUUCUUAAUUAAAUGUUAUGUAUAUUUUUGUUGCAAUAAUCGAAGGUGUUACAUG